AUGCUUAGGAGAGGAGGUGCGAGCAGACGUUAUGUGAAUGCGCUAAACCGUGGCACGGGAGCCGGUGGUGUUGGCGAGGGUGCACCCAAAAAGACAACGCCCGCGCCCGCGCCCGCCGACCUGUUCGCCCCCCUCGCCCCCAUGCCUAUGCUGCCCGCCAACAUCCUCUUCAGCCCCAACGCCACGGAUGGAGCCAACCAGACGCAACCCCAGAGUGGCGGAGAUGGCGACUGGUUCACUUCGCUUUACCCAAGGAAGAACGAGACCUCCCUCUCUGAUGACAAACACAAAUCGAUUGUUUGGGACGAGAAGAAACAGAGAUGGGUUAAUCAGGAUGAGCCAGAGGAGGAGAGCAAGCCCCUUCCACCUCCGCCAUCUGCCUUCCCAAAGAUGGCCCCAGGACGCGGGAGAAACAUGUUCAGGAGAGGAGGUGCGAGCAGACGUUAUGUGGACAUAGCGAACCGUGGCACGGGAGCCGGUGGUGUUGGCGAGGGUGCACCCAAAAAGACAAUGCCCGCGCCCGCGCCCGCCGACCUGUUCGCCCCCCUCGCCCCCAUGCCUAUGCUGCCCGCCAACAUCCUCUUCAGCCCCAACGCCACCCCGCCCACCAUCCUCCAGGACGGCGCUCCCCCCAUGGCCCCGACGCCGGACGCCAUGGGCGGCUUCUACCUGACGGUGCCCGCGCCAACUGUGCCCACCUUCUUGCCGACCUACCAGGUCGACGGCAGCGCCCCCAUGGCAAUGCCCCCUCUCUCCAUGCAGCACACUGGACCACCCACACCACAGUUAAACUCUGAAAUGCCCGGACACAUGACCCCUCAGUUGCCCGGUCAGAUGCCUUGCCCUCCCAUGCCCGGCCAACAGAUGCCAGGGCAGCAAAUGCCGGGACAAAUGCCCCCGCCGAUGCAGGUGCCUAAGCAGGUGACUCAGCCUAUGCCAGGCCAAAUGGCAGGCCAGAUGCCAGGCCAGAUGCCAGGCCAAAUGGCAGGCCAGAUGCCAGGCCAGAUGCCAGGCCAGAUGCCAGGAGGGCACAUGCCUUCCCCGCAGGUCCUAUGUUCCCCGCAACCGGGGCCCCGCCAGCAGCAGGCAUGA